AUGGCUCCCAAAAAAGCUCCUAAGUCCUCAAAGCCGCAAGGCCAGCCUGUCCCUGAGAAGCGUGGCUAUGAAUUUGGUGGACCUCUAGGUGCCUUCGGAAUCGUCUUUGGUCUCCCGAUACUGGUCUAUGUCUUCACCUUCGUCUGCAAUGACGUGUCUGGGUGUCCUGCACCCUCAUUGCUUCGUCCAUCAACCCUGUCUAUCGAUCAAUUGAAACGUGAAGUGGGGUGGCCCAAGGAAGGCAUUGCGGGCCUUUACGAUACUGAGGUGACACUGUGGACCCUGAGUUACUACGCGUUCAGCCUGUUCUUGCAGAUUUCCCUGCCUGGUCAAAUUGCGGAGGGUGUUCCAUUGGCAUGCGGAGGAAGACACAAGUACAAAUUCAAUGCAUUCCCCUCUGCCCUCAUUAUCCUUGGAGGUUUGGCCUCAGGUACCUAUAUGCACGGACCUGAUUUCGUGGUGUGGACUUUCCUGUGGGACAACUACGUGAAGGUCAUUACCGCCAAUCUUCUGAUCUCCUCAGUCGUUGCUCUUUUUGUCUACCUGAAGAGUUUUUCGGUUCCCGAGCCCGGUAGCGCCAACCCCGACUCGCGCGAACUGGCUCCAGGUGGCCACACAGGAAAUGUGCUUUAUGACUUCUUUAUUGGUCGCGAACUUAACCCCCGAAUCCGUUUGCCCAUUCCAUUUAUCAGCGAGGAAUCACGCACCAUCGACAUCAAGGUGUUCAUGGAGAUGCGCCCAGGUCUGCUUGGAUGGACUAUCCUGAACCUGUCCAACGUAGCUCACCAGUACCGCACCUAUGGCUACGUCACCGACUCGAUCAUCUUGGUCACCAUCUUCCAGGCAUUCUACAUCUUGGAUUCCCUGUACAUGGAGCCAGCCAUCAUGACUACUAUGGAUGUGAUUAUGGAUGGGUUCGGCUUCAUGCUCUCCUUUGGCGAUGUGGUCUGGGUCCCACACGUUUAUAGCAUCCAGAGCCGCUACCUUGCCGUUUUCCCUCUCCAGUUGGGUUGGUCUGGCAUGGCGAUUGUCGUGGGUGUUACUGCCGUAGGGUACUCAAUCUUCCGUGGUGCCAACAACCAGAAGAACCGAUUCCGCACUGACCCUAAUGACCCCCGCGUGAAGCACAUUAAAUUCAUCGAGACCGCCAGUGGAUCGAAGCUGAUGACUUCCGGUUGGUGGGGUCUUGCCCGGCAUAUCAACUAUCUGGGUGACUGGGUCAUGUCGUGGGCCUACUGCCUGCCCACUGGUAUUGCGGGCUAUGCCAUCAUUGAGACCAUCAACCCAGCAAGUGGUCACCUGGAAAAGCAGGCUGUGCAGACCCCCGAGAUUCGCGGCUGGGGAAUGAUCUUCACUUACUUCUACAUGCUCUACUUUGCGGUCCUGUUGAUUCAUCGUGAGAUGCGUGAUGAGGAGAAGUGCGAGAGGAAGUAUGGUGCCGACUGGAAGCGUUAUACUUCGCUUGUCCGCAGCCGAAUCAUUCCGGGCAUUUACUAA